CAAUUGUAACCGACACGCCACUUCUGCCUCGUUGCUGUCAACCAAACUCGUCUUAUUUACGUUCUUUGUCUCGUCUGAUUUUGACCCACCAAAAAAAGAAUACCCAACACCAAGAAAUCCCAUUUUUCUCUUAUCAUUUGUUUGUGUUUCAAAUUUGAUGGGGAAAGUCAAGAGCUUCAAAGAGCAAUAUUCAUUCGAUGAGAGGCUUGAAGAGGCAAAGUCCAUCAUUGCAAAAUACCCAGAUAGAGUUCCUGUGAUUAUUGAAAGAUAUACAAGAACAGAUCUGCCUGAUAUGGAAAAGACAAAAUUCUUGGUUCCUCGAGACAUGUCUAUUGGGCAAUUUAUACACAUCUUAAGCACCAGGCUAAACCUGACUCCUGGAAAAGCUCUAUUUGUCUUUGUAAAGAAUACAUUGCCUCAAACAGCAAGUCGCAUGGAUACCAUCUAUGAAUCUUUUAAGGAAAAUGAUGGGUUCCUGUAUAUGUGCUAUAGCAGCGAGAAAACAUUCGGCUGAGAAACAUCAUGUUUCCUGGUAAAUAUGUAAAUAUGUGUUCCUGCAAUUGUGUGUAAUUCACUUCCAAUGGUUUGGCACUGGCUUCUCAAAUGUAAAAGACAGCUUUUAAUUGUUGGUACCUUCUGUAAAUUUACAAUCUUUAAGAAAUAAAAUAGCGCCACAUUUAUUA